AGUGCCGCGGAGCAUAUGAGCGCGCCUGGCUUUUUACGUCUCGCUUCCCAGCCGCCGCGCGCGCAGCUGCCGCGCGCCGCGCCGAGUGAGCCAUGGGGGGCUCCCUUGCCCCCAACGGCUCCGUGGCUGUCACGCCCAAGCUGGACCCUCGGCGGAACGGCGGCGCUUCCUCCUCAGCCUCCACGGUGAGGUCCGGGCCGGACUACCGCGGCUGCAAGAACGGGGCGCUGAUGGACAGCUUCGGCAUCUUCCUGCAGGGGCUCCUGGGGGUUGUGGCCUUCAGCCUCCUCCUGCUGAAACGCUUCAGAGAACCAAAGCAUGAAAGACGUCCUUGGAGAAUUUGGUUUUUGGAUACUUCCAAACAAGCCAUAGGGAUGAUGUUCAUCCAUUUUGCCAAUGUAUAUUUAUCAGACCUUACUGAAGAGGAUCCCUGUUCACUAUAUCUUAUCAAUUUUUUGCUAGAUGCCACUUUAGGAAUGCUGGUAAUUUAUGCUGGUGUCCGAGCAGUAAGCAGUAUUGUUGAACGACAGCAAUGGGAAUCUCUUCGUUUUGGUGAAUAUGGAGAUCCAUUGCAAUGCCGUGCUUGGGUAGGCCAGUGUGCAUUGUACAUAAUUAUCAUGAUGUUUGAGAAAACAAUCAUAAUUAUAGUCCUCCUAAUACCUCAGUGGAAAGAGAUAGCUUUGUUGAACCCUAUAGAGAAUCCUCAGUUGGAGUUGGCUAUUGUGAUGCUGAUAGUCCCUUUCUUUGUAAAUGCAUUAAUGUUUUGGGUUGUUGAUAACUUCCUUAUGAAGAAAGGAAAGACAAAAGCUAAACUUGAAGAAAAAGAAUCAGGUCAAGAUUCAAGAAAUGGGAGCAAAAUCCGAUACAGGAGAGCAGCGUCGCAUGAGGAAUCAGAGUCAGAGAUUCUAAUUUCAGCAGAUGAUGAAAUGGAGGAAUCUGACGUGGAAGAAGAUCUUAGGAGACUGACUAAUUUAAAGUCUGUUAAGAAAAAGAAGCAUCGCUUUGGUCUGCCUGUAUGACAGGCUCUGCAGUCUGGAUACUUGCAGGUUAAUGAGGGAUCUGUCCACCUCAGUGAAUUUUCACUUGGCCAUAGGAAGCUUGUUGCCUCAAGACUGUGAAUCAAAGGGAACACAGACCAUUGGAAACACUUACCUGUUCAGUUGCACUAUGGAAAAUAUGCAAGAAUCUCUUCUCAACGUAUGUUCACAAAAUCUUGUCACCACAGUGGUUUAGAUGGAGGAGAGCCUUGAGAACACAGACAUAGAAUACCAUCACUUCACUGUGGUUCCUCAGUGACACUCUGAAAAUAACAGGAGGAUUGACAAACUUUGAAUCAGUAUGUUUUAUCACAAAAAAACCCAGAUUUUUGCAGCAUACUGCUGAAGAAGAAUAGUUUUACAGUUACAAAUUAAUGGUACCUAUGGAACUAAUGGACUGCAAAGGUUGCUUUUUUUUUCUUUUCAGAUCUCUUCUAACCUGUUUAAACUUUUAUAUUUAAGUUAUAUUUUCAUACUGGGAUAUUUAAGGAGUCUCUUUGUCAAAGAAAUUGUACUGUUACUUAGUGUGUGGUUAAAAAGGUCAGAUGUGCAACAAAAAAUGGUUUUCCAUUGUCUAUAUCACAUAAAGAAGGAUAGUGCAGGGACAAAGGGAAGUGGCAUCUGAUUGCUUUCUAGAAUGAGAUGGCCUUGCUCUGAAGAGAAUCUGAAGCAAAGAACAAUGAAGUGGCAGCAGUGAUCACUUUUGAAACAGGGGUGUUGUUCUGUGUGUAUGCUGAGCACUUUAGCAGGAAAUCAACAAAUACAGGGUUUUCUUCUGUAUAUCAACUAGCCACCUAAAGCUAUUUUGAUAAUAAUGGUUUUUUCAGUAUUUGCAAAUCCUUUGAUCUCAGAGCAAAACUAUUCCAAAGCUUCAGCAAACAUUCCUUGUCUUCAAAAGCUAAUGUAGUACAGAUAAGAGCAUUUUGCUGCUUCUCAGUGCAGUUCAGCUGGCUGCUAGAGAAUCCAUGAAUUACUAUGGCUUAUUCUCCCUUUUUCUUUUCUUUUUGUUAAGUCUCAUUUCAGAUGGCUAGGUCAGAGUCAAAGCAUAGUAUAAUGAACAUAUCUGGUGAUUAAUGUUAAUGUCAUUAUGGCUGCCCUAGGGUUAUUGGGAAGUGUCUCUGUUGAUGAAAUACUUGUAGGCCUGUUGUUAAUUGGGAUGUCUGAUAGCCCAGUUUAUUACUACUUGCAGUGAUACUGAUGGCUAGUGCUUGUUGGUUUGGUAGGCCAGAGAAAACAGUAGCCAAUGGUAGGAAGAGCCAGCUAAAUCUGGUUUUGUCCUCGUCCUCAUCUCUUGUGAAGAUGGUAAAAAUAUUCAACAGCGGACAGCAGUGCAAUUCCUUAAUAUUGACCUGAAAAUAUUAAUAAUAAUCUUUUAUAAGACAAUGGGACAGAUAUGUAUCAGUGUACUUGGUUCUCUGAUAAUUUCUCCAAUCUAUUACCUUUUCCAACCAUUCCAUUGAAUAUCUAUUCCAGGAAAAGCUUAGGGACAGAGUGGUGCUGUCUAUAUGCAGAGAGAAGGAUGUCUUAAGAGUGGUCAUCUUGACAUGUUUCUUAGUUUUUAAUUAGUUAAAAACUAACGGCUUUCCCGCUGCUGUGCUCUGCUCUGAAAUGGACAACGACACGUAGCAGACUGGCAUAUAGUUCUUUACCUCUCCUUUAAGUUACUAUAAGCCUGUUACAGCAGAGGAGUAUCUAUGCUACAUUUUAGAAGAUCAUACUUAAACUAUUUUUGGAAAUUUGCUGUACCUCUGGGAAUGAGAGAAGUAACGUUAAGCACAAUGAACACAAAUUCUAGAUCAGGGGUGUCAGACCUGAUCAUAUCCACGGCCAUAUUGUGAUGUAUUGGGAUGUUUUUUGUCUUUGCGGAGCCGUGGUGGGUGUGGCCUAUGCAGGGCAUAUUCGGCCCACGGACUGCCAGUUUGACAGACUUGUUCUAGAUCUAGGGACCUGAAAUUUGUAACUCUUGUCUUUUUAAGAAUGGUCCCAGAGAUUUCCUUCUAGGUUUUGUACUGACUACUUUCCACUAGGUCAGUUUUAUCCUUCCACAUAUUUAUUUUCUGUCCCAAAUACACAAAAAGUCCAAACCAAGGGCUUUAAAAAGUUAUCAAAAUUUCUUUCCUUCCUUAUUUACUGCAUUUUUAAAAAAAAUCAAACUAAUGCUGUGCCAAAGCCUGCCUUACAAUUUCUUAAAUAUUUUUUUUCUGUCAUAUUCUCAAGUUACUUGAGAAUUACUUCCCUUGAUGAUGUUUUUGUUGGAGGUGGGAAAAGCAACUGCUGCUGUUUUCUGUGAUACGUUUUUCUAUCAUUCAUAAGCUUCCCUGGCUACUCACCCUUCCCAAUCUGAAAAGCAAAUGUCAGGCUGAAAAUUGAAAAGAUUGUUAUAUAGUUCAAGACGAGAUGUUAAAUACAACCCUUGGCCGCCACAGCAAAAAAUAAUGCAAGAACACUAUGCCGGAAUCUCUCUAAAAUUGCUUUUUGGAAUAAUUUUUAAUAAUUAAUUUUAAUUUAAUAAUUUUUAAAUUCUUCAGUUACCAAUAUAAAUAAAAUUGCAGAUUUCCCCCCCCAAAUAACUGACAUAAACACUGACUGUCAACCCUUUACAUAUCUAGUGUUCAUAUUGUAAGCAUGCAAACUUUCAAUGAAAAACUUAAGUACUUUAUAUCUUCUUUCUUAACCUUAUUUGUUCAAAAGACAAAUCAACGCUUUCUCCAAUUGCAGCCCUGAGUUCCAGAUGUAUUUCCCCUCAAUAACUGUUAUAACAGGACUCUUCCAAGAAGAAAGAACCUUCCCCUGGUGUGCAUAAACAAAACUCUACUGUGCACAUUUCUAUGGUUAGUCUGGAUUAAAUUACACAUAUCCUGCCGUGGCACUAGCAUGCACUUCAAAACACUAUUUGCAACCAUUCUGGCAAACUGACUGGUUAAUAGGUUCUAUAUCCUUCUGUCUUUUCUCCCUGCCUCUUUUCAAAUUUAUUGAAUUUCUAGGCUGCCCAACUCUGGAAUGAAUUUGAGGCGUUUUCCCAUUUUUAAAUAUGUCUUUCCCAUCAUCCCUAAUGUAAAGAGGGUGUCUGGGGGAUGCUAAAUCAAGGCCUGGGAAGCAACUAAAUGUUUAAGGACCUUCCUAAGGUAUAUUGGGGGGGGGCAUACUCCUCCCUACUGCAUUUUCUUGAAAAGAGAGGCUUCCUAUGUUUUUACCUUCUUCUCUGGCCCUUAUAAGUUGUUUCCUGAAUUCUACAAAUCCAAUGCCAAGAGACUUGCUGAGGAGCAAGAUGGCUAAUCCUUUGUAGAUUGUGGGGUGGCAAGGCCCGACUGGGGGCAGAUAACCAAGUUACAGAAGUGCCUCAUGAGCCUUCAGGGGCCAGCCCCCAUUGAUUGUUUGGCUAUUUUCCAUGCUCAUUUCAAUCAAACAGCAAGAGAUGUCAGGAGAAAAAAAAAUCAAAGUAAUAAUACAGAGAAAGAGAAAUAGAUAGAUUAUAUUUUGAGCCUUAAGCAUAUUCAUUGAUAUCUUUUCCAAGGCAUUUUGUAUAGUUUUGCUAUGAAUACUUUCUUUAGGAAAGGGCAAGCUCAAGAGGAUCCUAGCUUUCAGAGAGAUCAUUGGCUUAGGAUGCAAAAGUGGAUUCUUGCUGUUUUGAGUGGGGUUUUCUCCCUUUUUUUUUUUUUUUUUUUUUUGGACUGGAGGUAAUUCUACUACGGUGAAGAGUGCCUACUACUCUUAGGGGAUGUUCUCAAGGUCCUGUCUUAGAGAAGGACAGACCAGAAAGUGUUGUCUUAUUCUACAGUAUAUUUCCAGAACAUUCCUUUUUUGUGUUUAGACGAAAAGAAAACCCAACUAUUUAUUUGAGUAUAACACUAAAAGAAGCUCCUAUAAAGCGAUAGGGCAGUGCCCCUGAUUAAUAUUGCUUCCAAUCAUACUGUUUUUAAGUUUUUACCAUAUAAUUUUAAUACUAUGAAUCACUGUUUAUCAACCAUGACAUUUUAAAGCAGGUUUUGUUGUAUCAAUUCAUUAAUUAGAUAGUAGCAUGGUCCUCUUAAUUGUAUGGCAGAAUGAAAACUCAGAAAAUGGAUUUUUUAAAAAGAGAUAAUGAAACAAACAAUGCCAAACAUCUGUUAUUUUCUGUUUGCCUUAUGAAUUUUAAUAGUGUGUGUCUAAAUGCAAAAAGUUUCUUCAUUUUAUCCAGUGACGUCUAUUGUGUACAGACUACUUUUAACAGUUGGGAUAGGUGUGUCGCUGCUGAGGGAGGGGGGGUUCUAAAACACCAAACCCAAAGCCUUAAAUGUGUUUAAAUAAUCCACCAUUAAACAGAGUUCAAAUUUACUGUUUUGUGUUGAAUGGCAUUGCCUAGCAGCCUGAUUUGAAGCUCAAAAGAAGGAAUAAUGUUCUAAUGAGUCUGUCAGUGCUUUCUUUGUAAAAUAAUGCUGAUCUUUUUCUAACGAGUCUGAGAUUCAGGUCUUUCUACACUUAGAAAUUUGUAAUAGAAUGUUGAAUUUGCUGGAGCAAAAUGGUAGCCUUCCCGUUUGCAAAUGACUAAGAAACAAAAAUAAGAUGAUCAAGAUUAGCAUCCUUCAUGAAAUCAAGACUUCUAAUAUCUAACAGAAUUGUUUUAGAAAUCCUGUGGCCAUUAAUGCAGCCUUCAUUUUUUGACUGCAGUGUUUUAAUGUCUCCCCAACUACUCUUAAGUAAAACGUAAAAUGUCGUGUACAAAUGUUGCUGGUGAAACGUGCGCUAAGUUUCUCUUCAGGGAAAAGACCUCAAACUCGUUGAAUUGUGAACCAAACUAAAACAAUGCAAAAUGUCCCAGAACCAUUCUUUCACAAGCAAGUACUUAGGUUUCCCAUUAAGCCUUGCUGGAAAAGAAGGGGGCAGGGCCAGAAUGUGCAGCCUUACAUUUUCUUCUUCACAAGUUGGGUCUUUGUGCUUUUUGUGCAUAGCAAAUUGCAGAUUUUAGCUUCCAUAUGACAAGGGCGAUAAUGGUGAGCAUACAGUGUGCAUCAAAACUGUUGAUGUUCAAUAAAGGAUGGGGAAAUUGUGGUCAGUAAAUGAUGGGGAAAUUGUGGUUUUAGAUAUAUAGAAACUCUUGAAUCAUUUUUCUUUUCUUUUUUUAGAUAAUGGGUAUUUAGUUAAUGGGUACUCCUCCAAAUUGAUGUGUCCAUAAAUGGGAAAAUUUGAGAGAAUGAAACUUGGAAGCCAGGAGAUGUUCCGCACUGGAAGAAGGGGUCAGAACAGUGAUUUUACCAGUUCUAUCCUUCUCCACAGCUGCCUCCAUUGUUGUCCCAUUAAACAACUUUUUAGAAAGCACAAAGCAGAAGGAGGGGGAAUAAGAAUUGGAUCCGGCCAUUGCUAGUUAAUACACAAUGUUUUGGGGGGGAUUCAAAAUGAAAAUGAAUGUCAGUCCAACAGCAUUAAAAAGGAAACCAUAAGGCCCACCAGAUCAUAAUUUUACUGUUGGUAUUUUAUGAAAAUGGAAAGCAUAUGUGUUGUACCUAAAUAAUGGUUUACAAUAAAAUCUGAUUUCAUACAAAA